AGAACAAGUAUGGAGACAUUGCGAAUGGUCAGACAGCUCUCAGUUUAAUGUGUGUUACCUUGCCAUGUUUUAAUAAUUACACAAGUAAAACUGAUGUAAUUAUCCUUGGUGUUAUUGUACACUGUCAGGACAUAUAAUAGAUAUAUUUAUCUUGAAGCCUUGCAGAUGUUGUGUUAUGGUAUCUUGUCUUCUACACGCGCGAGAUGCCGAAGGAGACGUGAUCUUUCGAGUUCAGAAGGCGUGGCUUCACAAGGCUCCGACCUGGAGGAUCAGUUGGUGCGUGUUUUAGAAAAAAACACUGAGCUCACAAUCCAGAAUACAGACUUGCAAAAGCAAGUUCAACACCUGCAAAAUGUGAGCGGAGAGGGUCGCAGUGGGCUACCUGGAUCGGUACAGCCUGGUAGCAGUAGUAGCACUAAUAGGUCAGGAGAUAUUGAGUCAAUCCUUAAGCAAAUGCGCGAUGCUGCAGACAAAAGAAAAGAACUGGAACGUCAACAUGCAGAAGCAUUGAGCCAACUUCGGGAUAAACAAAGUGAACUACAGCGUUUAACAAAAUUCAGCACAAAUACCAGUUCUGAAAAGAAAAACAAGAAUUAUGAAACUAUCGAAGCACUGCAGUCAAAGAUUCGUGAGCUCGAGAAGAAGACAGAGUUACAGAAUGUUCGACAUGAAGAGCUUCUGCUGGAGAUGGCGUCAAUCAAGCGGUCGUCACAAGGGACCUCUGCAGUGUCUGCAACCAUGGGUCCUUCCACAUCCAGUGGUACAGGAUGGAAAUUGUCACGUGCCAGUUCCACCAACCAGGAAGUCCAAACUUCACCAGAAUCGGGUACCUCCACACCAGGUUUUGGUUUGACAGACUCUGGUCGUCUGGAGACCACAGGUCGUUCCACACCUCUGGAUCAGCACCAGUUUACAGGGCCCUCCGCCAGGACGGUGCUGAGUAGAAGCCAUGGCACAUCUGUCGCUCCAGGUUGCGGUUCAUCAGGAGUCGUUCUUUCUCCGUUUCCUAGAACUGUAUUUCCCUCUGGGGUAACUUCUCUUGGAGGGUUCACCCCCUCAUAUUGCAUGCAGCAACAUCCAUAUUACACACAUCCUCCUGCUCCAAACCCUGGUGUUUGGAAAAGUCCCUCUGUUUCAGAUUUAACUUCAAUCUAUCAGAUGUCAAACAGCCACUAUGGUGUGAAUAAUUCUACUUCUAAUCCGCCAGCUAUUAAUUCUUCUAUUCGUUGUGGCCCAUUUUCAUCUACCUCUUUACCUAAUACAACAACUGCUCCAAAUCAACCACCAAACUCUCUCCCAUUGUUGCCCAAUACCUGCACCGUGGAACCUUCCGUAGCUGCCAGUAACACUGGAACUGGGACGGAGAUGUACGCACAGAGUGGCGGCCACGCACAGUCGCAGCUGCAGCAAGGGAGGACUGGUUCUCCUAUUGGAACGUCCAUGGGUGUCUCAACUGUUGGGGUCCAAAGCUCCAGUGAAAUUGAUCGUAUCAUGGCAAAGAUUGAACAGGACAACCGAAUCCUCGCAGAACUGGACAAGACCAGAUCUACUAUUGGUUUGUCUGGAAAUGUUUCUACGGCUACUGUUGGAGGGGUAAUGGGUGCUCCUUCCAAUGCAGUUGCCACUGGUGAAACAAUAGGUUUUAUUACAAGCCUUCCCAUGCUACCUGCGCCUCCGACGGGACCUACUGCACAGUUACAGUUUGUCUCGCAAGCACAGUUGCAGCCAGCGCAGUACAUGAUGCAGACGGCUGCAGGGUUGGUACCUCAGGGGCUAGUGCCUCACCAGUCAACUCAACUACAACAUAGGCUGAUGCCUCAGCUGCCUGCGACAGUGCCGGCCAUUCUCACCACUCACUAUGACUUGGACACAAGAAAUAACUUUCUGAAUGGAAAUCUCCCGGGCGUAUUUACAACAUUUCAAUCUGAUCAACUGCAACAGACUAGUGCCGUGGAGAACAAGGUGGACAUGUUAGAUGUUCCAGGCAAGGGUCGUUGCUACGUCUACAUAGCCAGGUUUUCAUAUGAUCCAUUCCAACAGUCGCCUAACGAAAACCCAGAAGCUGAACUGGUUAUAAAUGCAGGUGACUACCUCCUCGUCUGGGGCAACAUGGAUGAGGAUGGUUUCUUUGAUGGUGAACUUCUAGAUGGGAGACGUGGCCUGGUGCCAUCUAAUUUUAUUCAGAAAUUAGUUGGUGAUGACUUGCUUGAGUUUCACCAGGCGGUGGUACAGGGCCUCCGAGAUGGUGAUGACAGUGGCUCCACAAAUAUAGCACACGAUCUCGCCCAAGAAGCUCUUGCCUUGAUGGCGAUGAGGGUCGAUGGGGCAAUGCCGCUGCAUCAGCCCUGGCCCUCCCGAGGGGUUCAGUCCCAGCCCUUUUUGGGGUCUCCUAUGGCCACCCUCACCAGGAUAUGCAAACGGGUCCUGCCUAAACUUGCGCACUCAAAUGCAAUUUUAAACAAAGAUGGAUACAACAAGCAACGGUCAUUGGUCCCUGGCGAUUACAGUUAUAUAGACUUGGAAGACAUCUUAGAAGAGGAUGAUGAAGGUCUUGGCGAGCAGCUGAGUGAGGGGCCAGCAGCAGUGGUAUUCUUCUCGGAUCUAGUCCCAGCGCCGAAACAACUUACACUGGAGAGACAACUCAACAAGAGCGUCCUGAUUGGCUGGAAUCCCCCAGAUGCCCCACCUGGAGCCAUAGACUCAUACCAUGUGUACGUUGAUGGUGUUCUCAAGACGACUAUCAAGGCAACGGAGCGGACCAGGGCACUUGUUGAGGGUGUUGACUCAACAAGACCCCAUCGGAUCAGUGUGCGAUCCAUCACACCCAACAGACGAACAUCUCGUGAUGCAGCGUGCACUAUGGUGAUCGGUAAGGAUAUGCCCUUGGGUCCCAGCAAUGUGAAGGCGAGCCAUGUAACCAGCACUUCAGCUAUCAUCUCAUGGUUACCCAGUAAUAGCAAUCACCAGCAUGUUGUGUGCGUCAACAAUGUGGAGGUUCGGACAGUGAAACCUGGUGUCUACAGGCAUACUAUCACUGGCCUAGCUCCUAACACUGUAUACAGGGUGACAGUUCGAGCCAAAAAUAUACGGGCUCCUAAUUUUGAUGAGAAGGCAAGCCAGCAGAUGGAGAGGUUCUCUUGUCAUAUCGACUUUCGAACAUUGCCCAAAGUUGUAUGUUUCUGGCAAGUGAGACAGUGGGUUGGGAUAUUUGGUGGACAGCAAGACGAGGCUACAGGCCUGCCUGAUCCUCCAGUAGACAUUCAAGUAGAGGCAGGUCCACAGGAUGGGACUCUGCUGGUCACAUGGCUGCCUGUUGGAAUAAAUGCAUCCACCAAUGGAGCACCAGUGACAGGAUAUGCUGUCUAUGCCGAUGGAAAGAAAGUCACAGAUGUUGACAGUCCAACAGGUGAUCAUGCACUCAUUGACAUAAACAAAUUGCUGGGACUGAAUCCAAAACAAGUUACAGUCCGCACAAAGUCUCGUGACAGCCAGUCAGCUGAUAGUGUUCCAACUUCCAUUCCUUCUGCAGCUCUAAAAAGUAAAAUGAGCAAGGAUGGUAUGGAUAAGAUGGACAGAAGACAGAGGGAACAAUAUGGAUCAGCCGUUCCAGCUCACAUGCGCCGCCAUAUGCAAAGUGGCCAAUCGGGGCAUAGAAACAUGGGAGUUGAUGCACAUGGACAGGUUAUAAUUGACCCAGAAGAAAAUCUAUCUGAUAAGGAGAUCUACCCAGCAGGGAACCACAUCAAUAUCCCGUCCAUAGAGAUCACCAAAGACUCUGCCAGUGAAGGCAACUUCAGUGAAGAAGAUUAUUUGGAUGGUCGAAGAGGAGCUCGAGUACAUCAUGGACCCAGCGGGGGCCAUUACGAUCCUCGAGGCAUUCCACGUAGUCAUACUGAAAGAGGUCGCCCUCCUCCUCUCCCACAUGAGAGAGGACGUAUGGACCACCAUCCUCCACCUCCUCGUGACAGGGUCCAAUAUUGUGCAGCUCCUCAUAGUGACCCUAGAGUUAGGCAUGGGGGCCACCCUGGAGACAGACCAUACCGCCGGGCAGUUCUCCCUCCAGGGCGGGGUCCUCCAUCCCAUCAACAGUCAGGGCCACCACCAGGAGGUCCAGGACCUAGCCAAAGAGAUAAAAGAGUGAGAUGGUUUAUGGCUCUAUAUGACUACAAUCCUACAACAAUGUCACCGAACCCUGAUGCUUGUGAGGAAGAACUGCCGUUCUCAGAAGGUGACACCAUCAAGAUUUAUGGGGAUAAAGAUGCUGAUGGAUUCUACUGGGGAGAAUGCAGGGGUCGGCGAGGUUUUGUCCCACAUAACAUGGUAAUAGAAGUACAGGAUACUCCAAAGGAAGGAGGUCGUGGUGGUCCGAGGGAUCGUUGGGGAGACAUCUACGCCAACAUGCCAGUCAAGAAGAUGAUUGCACUCUAUGACUAUGACCAUGAGCUUUCACCAAAUGUUGAUGCCGAGGUGGAGUUGUCGUUCCAAACGGGCAACAUCAUCUAUGUAUAUGGUGAUAUGGAUGAUGAUGGGUUCUACAUGGGCGAAUUGGAUGGGGUUCGGGGAUUGGUUCCUUCAAACUUCCUGACAGAAGCGCCUCCCGAUUAUAGUAAUGGGGGAGGUGGGCCCAGACAGGGUCGACCACCUCCUCAAGACCGUAGUGGAAGAGGUGGGGGUCACGGACCUGGGACUAGAGGUCCCCCUCCCCCUCCAAGAGAUGGAGUGCGCAUGGAUCCCAGAGAUAGAAGGAAAGAUCAUCUACCCACACAGACACAGUUAGACUAUAGGGCAGAUCACAACACUAGCCUUCAGGGUCCAGUGGUGGCGGGCCCACCGAGGGGGAGAGGCGGGGAGGGCCGGGGAGACCGGAGAGGUGGUAGAGGACCACCAGGGGGCAUAGGUUAUGACCCUAGGGGCGAUUCCCACGGAUUGGACCCACGAGGCGAUCAUAGGAACCCUGACUACCAUGGCGAACCCCCACGUCGUAUAGAUGGACAACCAAGAGGUCCUAUUGAAGAGCCUCCAUCUCAGCAGGCAGCUAAACCUUCAAUCCCAGCAAAACCCUUGAAGGGGAUUCCAGCAGUUGUGCCAGACUUUGUGAUACCAAACAACAAAGAAUCUCCCACAGGGGCUGCCCCUGGGCCCAAGUUCCCAGAGCCUCCCAACUUAAUGCAAAAACUGAGCGAGAUGACAGGUGGUGCAGAUACAUCUGUCGACAACAUCAUCUCAAAAGGAAAGGAACUUAUCUUCAUGAAGUUUGGUCUUGGAGGCAGCAAGUAGCAAUGUGAGCAGACUUCAACCCUUACAGAUUCUGUGUUAAUGAGCAGAGUUACAGCACUUGGAUAAUAUUUUCCAGAAAGCCAGGCAAGAUUGUUGAGAAGAGUCCUUAGAAAAUGUUGUUUUAUACAAGAGUUUUGUAAUGCUGGUAACAUUGUCGUUACUUCUACUGUGAGAGCGAGAGAGGAAACGUGUGUUGCUCUAGUCAUUGGCCCCCUGCAGCAUGGUGCUGUGUUGUGCCAUCUGCCUGUAUAUUCUCAUUAAGGCCCAGGAGAAACUCUAUGCUGUGGAUCAAAUUCAUGGGUCCAGUGUGCUCUGGUAGGGAAUGCGAACCGUUCAUCCUUUAAAGGCCUUAUGUGCCGUUUGGUGGAACACUGAAUUGUGAUUUUAUUAAUUACAUUCCUCAGUUGGAUCAGGCGAUGAAUAUCUUCAGUGGAGAUUGGUGCCUGAUAUGAUAACGGUUAAUCUGUAUUUAUCAAACAUAAUAGUUGAGUGCAUAACACUCCUGCUUUGAAUUUAGGAGGUCCCAGCUUCAAAUCGCACCCCAGGGGCUGGCUAUUGUAAGGUUUUUAUUGAUUUUCCUCAGUCCCUCCAAGCAGAUGCCAGAAUAGUAUUUGUAGUUUAUUUAAUGAGACUGUUAGUAGCUCAUUAUAGCAUCAAAUGAGAGGGUGAUGGUGAAUAAUGAAUUGGAAAGGAUGUGGAAGGAAGUGGUCUUGGCCUGAUUUGAGAACUCUCCCAGCAUUUGCCUGGAAGGGCUGGUGAAAACCAUGAGAAAUUUCAGGAUAGGCAAUUUCCAGGCUGUGAUUUGAACCUGGAGGCUCCAAAGGAUGAAGCUGGAGUGCUGACCACAUUACUAUGAUGUUCAGUGCCAAGAUAGUACUUAGGCACAUUGAUUCCAGUUCAUUCAUUAAAGAUUAUGUCAUUUAAUACUGUAUAGUCUGAGCUGCUGACAGUAUUGUUAAGUAAAGCAUAAGCAGAUAAAGUACAUCUUUAUUCAAAUGAAACUAUCCCGAAGUGAUUUACACAUAGGAAGUUCAUUAACGUAACUUCUUCAAAGCCGGGCUAGUAUAUUUUCAUUUUGUCGGCAAUGUGUGUAAUGGUUAUCAAUCAGUACAGUAGACGUGAACAGUGCGUUGAGAAUUUCCUCAUAAGUUACAUAAUUCCAGGACAUAAUGCUUUAUGAUAGAGCAGUGAUUUUAGUAGUUUGCUCUCCUGAAAUAAAAUAUGGAGUUUUUAAAUGUUUGCAUAUUAAUUUAAAGAACUUUUUCCAAUAUAAUUUCAUUUAUAUUUGAAAGAUUAUAAGUAUAUAAUUAUAAAAUUAUUAGUUUCUUUUAAUUGUACAGAAAACUUUGUGGAGGAAAUGGUAUAAGCAAAAAGCUAAAUGAAGAUGGCUGUCUUCUGGGUUGUAACGCUGCGUAGUACAGUAGAAGUUUGCCGUUUCCAGGGUCCUUGCUUCUCACUCGUCACUGUAGCGAGGACCUCUGGAACAUCGAUAAAGUUCUAUUAGACUACACAGCAUCACAACCCAGAAGACAGCCAUCUUCAUACUCACUUCUGUGAGUAUCUCAAAUCCUAAAAAAACUAAAUGUUUGUGUAUUACUCCUAUUUGUCUUAAUUUGCUUACAUACGUUCAGUUCAAAUUAUUUUAUUUUGAAAUUUAUGUUUUGGAAUGGCCCAGUAUGGUUUACACUCAAAUAAGUAGCAAAGACAGUGUAGUUAAUUUUUUAAUUGUUGUAAAUGUGUAAUCAAAAACAACAAAAAGUAUUGAAAUUGUCUUUGUGGAUGCUGGCUUUCUGUUGAUGAUUAUAUUUAUUCAUAUAUUUCUUUGAAUUUAUGAUGGUUGCAGUCAGGUUGAUUGGCCAAUUGAAUGGCAGUUGUUGCAGUUGAGACUUUUGUGUGAAUGUGUGUUGUGUUUGCAGCUAUAUACCCUAUAUUCCUAAUACUGGAAACAGCUCAAAAUGUGUUUAAAAGUGAACAUAAUGGAGCAUAAUUUGGCAUUACUGUAAUGUGGUCUGUAGUGUUAACGUACUCAGUAGUAAUUACUGUAUGUUUUAGCGGAACAGAGGUGAAGUGACAGUUCGGAGUUUGCAGAAACAUCUACUGUUCCAUUGUUGUAAGUUUUCAAAUGUUCUUUGAAAAGAACAACAGAAGGAGUUUGUUGGUUUUAUAUUUAUUUAUCAAUUGAUUUGUUUUUUGUUUUUUUUUGUAAAUGUUUUUGUACAGAAAGGAAAUCAGUUCCUUUGCUAGUCAUAAAUGCUGUCAAUUAAAAUUGACGCAUCGUAAGAACUUUUCCCACUCCAAGAAUCCAUAUGUAGUACUAAAUCCAAAAUACUUCCUCUCCCCCACAUCAUUGGACAUUAUCCAAAUGCCACAUACAUUUUACUAAAGUGAAUUAAACUGAGUGAAUGACUCUAUGAUUGGUACAGCUCACACAGCCGGUGAGAUCCGCCUCAUCUUGAUGUUACCAAUAAAAUUAUGUUCAUGUUUGUUUGUUUUUUAUGUGUAUGUCUCCGGAGUAUCCCAUUUAGCUUAUAUUGCCUUCGGCAGUACUUCCUCUAACCUCACGCCAGUUCCCUUUGGACACAAAGAACAGGUAGGGGGCAAAUACUUGAAAGCGAGUACUUUGCAAUUUUUCACUGACAAAUUUGUGAUGUCACAGUCUCAAAGAACUACUAAAUCAGACACAUGUUAGUGUAAAAAAGCUGUAAGAAAACAAAGCACAACACAGUUAGUUUGGAGGUUUAUUAACAUGUUUAUUAAUUGACAUCAUGACUACUUUGAAGGUCUUGUAUAAGAAUUAUCUGUAUUUCAGGUAAACUUAUGUAUACUUAUCCAAACUUUUAAAUAAAAAAUAUGUUUGAGCAUU